AUGGAACCCUAUGCUGGAAUAAACGAAUAUUUCAAAACUAACGAUAGAGAAACAUGGACCUACAAACAUUUUUUAAAUGAAAUAAGAGAAACAAUCAUAAUUUCACCACCAUAUUCUGAUGACUGGAGUGGCUUAGAUGGUGCAUGGUUUAGGAGAUAUAUCUAUCAUGCUAAUAAGGAUGAAAAUGAUAAACGUCAAAAAAUGAUGCCUUUUUUUCAAGAAAUUAUUCUUGAACGUGUAAAGAGAGAUACUGAGAAAAAUUAUGUAAUAGAGGGCGUGAAAGUUAUUAAUGAAACAAGGUUUCGUAGUUCCGAUGAAGUUAUUUCCAUUGAAAACGGUGUUAUUACUAAUGUUCCUCUGAGUUUUACACCAUUGGAGAGUUUGGAAUCCGAUUUAUUUGUAAAUGGCAUUAAUAUAUCCGAAAAAUUUAGAACAUUCAUUAAUGAAGCGGCUUAUAUUGUUUGGUUUAGAUUUAUUGGAACUAACUCAUCAAAAAUAUACACCGAAAUAACUCUACGAUUAGAUAUAGAGAUUGAGAACUUAUAUAGAAGUGUUAUCAAAACAUGUCUGGACGAAUCGCGCAUCAAUGGUACCAAAUUACUUUGUAGGAAGCUUGUAGAAAAAAGUGAAAUGAUGGAUAAUUUCGGAUUUUUGAUCCAAGAUUUGAUAAGAACUCUGCCAUAUGAAAAGAUAAGAAAUGAUCCGAGCGAAUUAACCCUAAUAACAAAUUAUUUAGACAGCAUCAUGAAAAAUGCAUUCCAUGUUCCUGACAACCAUAUAGUACAAUGGUCAAACACAGCCUUAUCGGAAAGUAAAGUAAGGAAAUUUGAUGGUUUAAGGGCGAAACAGCCAGACUUUGUUGUUUCAGUUAACUAUCAAUCUCAAUCAGCAAAUGUAAUCUAUGUGGGUGAAGUGACCGGACCAGCUGAGAAAAAUAACGUUUUCAAAAAUCAUCUUGACCUAAUCAGAAUUGGAAUUUUCAUGAAGGACUGUCCAUUAAAGACGAAGUCAUUAUUUAAAAGGAAAACGCUAGAUACUCCCAAAUUUAACAAACUUGUUAGUAAAACCCGCAAUGUCAAAGGGAAUUUCUAUUAUGGUAUGGACGAUUCUAAUAUAUAA